GGGCGGCGCCCGGGGGUCGCGUGUCAGUACACUGGCGACAGCGGGAGGAGACAGUCGCUCUCCGCGCCUCCGCGUCUCUCAUACCCAACGGGACACGUGUUGUUUUUCAACGGGAAUUAUGGGCGAGAAAGUGACGUGUGUGUGGGUGUUGCUGUGUGUUGCGGGCUGGUGCUCACCACCAGCUGCCAGCCAGCUGCAGCUGAGCACCUCUGUGGCCAUCCCUGGCGUGAAGGUGAAGGAGGGCACGUCGGCUGCCCCGGUGGCCGGGAACGGGACGCUGGCCGUGCCCCACCUGGAGUGUGGGUAUGUGUUGUGUCAGGCGCCAGAGGUCUUCACCAACGCCUCCACACACCUCUGGGACUACUACGUCGACUGGGAGAGGCCGCCCAGGACGGAGGACGACCCGGGCAUCUUCGUGCUGGCCAACAGGUACCAGAUGCCCCGCGCCUACCUGGUCUUCAAGGGCUUCACCGCCAACUUCUCCGGGGACUACCAGUGCGUCCUGCACUUCCGUAGGGCGCCCUUGGUCUCCGUCGGCCUCACCCUCACCUUCGACGAAACCCUCACCGCCAGGGACUGCAACAACACCUAGGAGGACGUCCUCCAGUGGAGCUAUCCAGCAAGAAAGGAAAUUUCCAUUCCCGGAUUCACGAAGCAGUUACGCUAGCACUUACGAACCUGAGGCGAGACAUACGAAGCAGUUACGCAAGUACUUACGAACGUGUACAUCUUUCCUCAAUCUUUGAUGGCUUUGGUUACAAUUAUU